AUGGGUGGCGAAAAUACGACGGUUUACAUAGGCGAAUGCAGUACGUACAUAAAUGAGGAUGUACGUGCGGGUACGUACAUAAAUGAGGAUGUACGUGCGGGUACAUACAUAAAUAAGGAUGUACGUGCGGGUACGUACAUAAAUAAGGAUGUACGUGCGGAUGAGAGCAAUGUUAAAACGUAUAGCAGAGACAUUAACGCAGACAACCGUGACGAAAAGAUGACAGAUGAAAAGUCUUGGGAUGAUAGUAGUAUGGAUAGGGGAGAUGCUGUAAAUGGAUUAGUAGGGUGGAGGGAGGUGGGAAACCUACUAGACGAUGAUGCAAAGCCUGUGUUUAAUGAUAUGGCAGGAUUGGGAGAAACUGAUGCAAACGACGAAAUAUCACUGAGCGAGGACAACUUGUACGUAGGGAGGAUUAAAACUAGCAAGAUCUAA